ACUUUGAACAAUAAAACAAACAAAUAAAUAACUGAGCGCAGCAAACAAUCACGUUACCGCCAGCGGCUUCUAUGCCCGACUGAGAAGUCACCCGCGUCCCGACCCGGAUCGGCCUCUCCCUGGGUCUGACGUCAAGCACCACUGAAUAUGCGGGGUGGGUCAGGUAGCUCGACCGCUGCCUCUUUUGGUAGCCACUCCGUCGCCUGCUCUCCUCCGCAUUCUCAGAUCCUGGCCAAAUCGAUGAAUAUAAACAGCUCUUGUUCUUCUUAGAUGGUUCGAAAAGCAUCCUUCGUCUGAGAUCUCUACGGAUUUCUGUGUUCUGCCCGCCUCAAUCUCCUCAGAUCAAUCUCUCAAUAUGGUUUCCUACGUCGACGUUCCCAAGCCUGCGGCUUUCCCUGCCUCCAAAGUGCCCGACACGCUCUCCGCCGGCGAGGUUGUCGCGAUCUCUCAGUCCUUUGUCGACCGCUUCAACUCCGCCGUCGAGUCUGAGGAUCCCGCUGCUUUCGAUGCCCUCUUUGCCCCCGACGACUCGUUCUGGAGAGACACAAUUUCAUUCACCUCCGACUUCCGCUCUAUCGGAAAGCCCAACAUCCAGCAGGCCGCCUCUGACCGUCUCAGAGUCGCUAAGGCUCACGGAGCAAAGCUCUCAUUGACUCCCGAGCCUACCAUCGAGAAGCCGUUUGAGGACGUCUCCUUCAUUCAAGCGUUCUUCACCUUCUCCUGCGCGAUCGGCUCCGCCAUUGGCAUUGUCAAGCUCAUCCCCGGCCCAGCUGAGGACUACGUCGCCUGGAUCCUCUUCACCACUCUUGACGGCGUCGACGGUUUUCCCGAGCAUGCUGGUCCUACUCGCAUCCGAGGCCAGCACAACUCGACCAAGUCCUACGACGAGAUCCUCAGCGAGAAGACCGAGAAUUCCGACCCCGAAGUCAUCAUCGUCGGUGGAGGCCACAACGGUCUCGAGAUUGCUGCUCGUCUUGGUGCGAUGGGCGUCAAGGCGCUUGUGAUUGAUACCUACAAGCGCGUUGGCGACAACUGGCGACUUCGGUACAAGUCGCUCUCGCUCCAUGACCCCGUCUACUCCAACCAUCUCGCCUACUUUCCUUUCUCUGCUACUUGGCCCGUCUUCACUCCGUCUGGAAAGCUGGCAAACUUUCUCGAGUACUACGCCGACGCCAUGGAACUCUCUGUCUGGACCGAGACUUCGAUCGUUACCAGCGACACCUACUUUGAUGAGAGCAAGAAGGAGUGGUUCGUCACGGUUUCGCGCAAGGGCGUCCCUCACACAUUCAAGGUUUCCCAUCUUGUGCUUGCUACCGGAAUCGGCGGCGGCCACCCUAAGUUCCCACCUCCCUUCAAAGGCCAGGAGCUAUUCAAGAAGGACAUUGUUCACUCGGCUCAUCACAAGGACGGCAAGGACUGGACUGGCAAGACGGCGCUCGUUGUCGGAGCAUGCACCUCAGGACACGACAUCUCACUCGAUUUUUUCAACAACGGUGCGGACGUCACAAUGCUUCAGCGCUCGCCGACCUAUGUCAUGUCUAUCGAGAACGGCGUUCCUACCGUCAAUCCGUACCGUGAGAACCUUGAUACCUGGACCGUUGACUUGCUCUCCGAAUCCUCGCCCAAGUACGUCGGCCGUCUCUUCCACAAGCGUUAUGUGCCGGAAAUCAAGGCGAAGGACAAGGAGCUUUUGGCAGGUCUGAAGAAGGCCGGAUUCCAGCUUUACGACGGUCGCGACGGCUGCGGUUUCUUCAUCAACACCAACACUCGAUCUGGAGGAUACUAUUACGACACCGGCGCUUCUCCUCGCAUCAUCAGCGGCGACAUCAAGGUCAAGGCUGGAGAGAUUGAUCACUUUACCGAGGACAGCGUUUUCUUCAAGGAUGGCAGCUCGCUAAAGCCCGACGUUGUGGUCUUUGCUACCGGAUAUACCGGAUUUAAGGACACGAUCAAAGAUAUCCUCAGAGACAAGUACGCAAACUCCUUCAAGCAGUUCUGGGACCUUGACCGCGAGGGCGAGCUAUUCGGAACUUGCAGAGACGUCGGGAUCCCCAACCUGUACUAUGUCGUUGGACCUCUCUCUGGUGCCCGGUUCAACUCAAAGAUUGUCGCGCUCCAGAUUAUUGCUGAAAGGAAGGGGGUUCUUGGUAACAGAUACUCGAUCGAGGCCCAGGAGUCGGGAGUAUUGAGCAAGCUUGUUUCUGUAUGAAGAGCUGUGUGUUUCAUCCAUAUUUGUAUUGUUUCUUUUUCCGCUGUCCGAGGGAUACAGACGUGGGGUUGCAAUUUUUAUUCUUAGUGCCAGAGAUAUACAUUAAGCUUUAAAUAUAGUAAAGUCGCAAGAGUCA